GGGCGGCCGGCCUUCCCCUCCCCCUCCCGGCGCGCGCCGGGCCGCUGUUCCGGGUUCCCCUGGACUGAGCUGGAUCCUGCUUUUUUUUUUUUUUCGCCAAGGCAGGAAGUGAGUUUCGCACGGCAAUUCCGGGCGGUGUCACGAGUGAAAAAGUUCCUCCUCCCCUCCCCACGUUUCCCCCCACCUCCCCCAAACCCCCCGGUUUUGCGGCGGAGAUUCCCUAAGUUGGGGACCGGGAAAACUCGUGCAAAAAGUCGAGAGCGGGAAGGCAGCCCAGCCCCCCGCCGGAGCAGCCCCCCGGGCGGCACAUCCGCUCUCACCGUGCGGGGACCGAGCGCGUUUUCGGCUGCAGCCCGAGUGACUCAUGCCGGGGAGGCGAUCAUGUCAAGCGAAGCUUUGAGACGGCAGCCCUGAGACGCUGUCCGACCGAAAGAAUGUUGGCUCAAUUAAGAAACACUAGGGAGAGCAAGCCAAUCCAGUGAGCUUUUUAAUGUGAAUGUUGCAGUGUUUAAAAAUGACUACAAAGCGAAGUUUGUUUGUGCGGUUGGUACCGUGUCGCUGUCUUCGAGGGGAGGAGGAGACUGUCACGAGCCUGGAUUAUUCCCACUGCAGUUUGGAACAAGUUCCCAAAGAGAUUUUUACCUUUGAAAAAACUUUGGAAGAGCUAUAUUUAGAUGCUAAUCAAAUUGAAGAGCUUCCAAAGCAACUUUUUAACUGUCAGUCUCUACACAAGCUGAGUUUACCGGACAAUGAUUUAACCACAUUACCAGCAUCCAUUGCGAAUCUUAUUAAUCUCAGGGAACUGGAUGUCAGCAAAAAUGGAAUACAAGAGUUUCCAGAAAAUAUAAAAAAUUGUAAAGUUUUGACAGUUGUGGAAGCCAGUGUAAACCCUAUUUCCAAGCUCCCUGAUGGAUUUUCUCAGCUGUUAAACCUGACCCAGUUGUAUCUGAAUGAUGCUUUUCUUGAGUUCUUGCCAGCUAACUUUGGCAGAUUAACUAAACUCCAGAUAUUAGAACUCAGAGAAAACCAGUUGAAAAUGUUGCCUAAAACUAUGAAUAGACUGACCCAGCUGGAAAGACUGGAUUUAGGAAGUAAUGAAUUCACAGAAGUGCCUGAAGUUCUUGAGCAACUAAGUGGAUUGAAAGAAUUCUGGAUGGAUGGUAACAGACUGAGUUUUAUUCCAGGGUUUCUUGGUAGUUUGAAACAACUCACGUAUUUGGAUGUUUCAAAAAAUAAUAUUGAAAUGAUUGAAGAAGGAAUUUCUGCAUGUGAGAGCCUUCAGGACCUCCUGUUAUCCAGCAAUUCACUUCAGCAACUGCCUGAGACGAUUGGUUCAUUGAAGAAUGUAACAACUCUCAAAAUAGAUGAAAACCAGUUAAUGUAUUUACCAGACUCAAUAGGAGGGUUGAUAUCAAUAGAAGAACUGGAUUGUAGUUUCAAUGAAGUUGAAGCUUUGCCUUCGUCUAUUGGACAGCUCACUAACAUGAGAACUUUUGCUGCAGAUCACAAUUACUUACAGCAGUUACCCCCGGAGAUUGGAAACUGGAAAAAUAUAACUGUGUUGUUUCUCCAUUCUAAUAAACUUGAGCUACUUCCAGAGGAAAUGGGUGAUAUGCAGAAAUUAAAAGUCAUUAAUUUAAGUGACAAUAGGUUAAAGAAUUUGCCCUUUAGCUUUACAAAACUACAGCAGUUAACUGCUAUGUGGCUCUCAGAUAAUCAGUCCAAACCCCUGAUACCUCUUCAAAAAGAAACUGAUUCAGAGACUCAGAAAAUGGUGCUUACUAACUACAUGUUCCCUCAGCAGCCAAGAACUGAGGAUGUUACGUUCAUAUCAGAUAAUGAAAGUUUCAAUCCUUCGUUAUGGGAGGAACAAAGGAAACAGCGAGCUCAGGUGGCAUUUGAAUGUGACGAAGACAAAGAUGAAAGGGAAGCACCCCCACGGGAGGGAAAUUUGAAGAGAUAUCCAACACCAUACCCAGAUGAGCUUAAGAAUAUGGUCAAAACUGUUCAAACCAUUGUACAUAGAUUAAAAGAUGAGGAGACCAAUGAAGACUCUGGAAGAGAUUUAAAACCACAUGAAGAUGAGCAAGUUGUAAAUAAAGAUAUGAGUAUAAAGACUUCAGAAUGUACUUCUCCAGUAAAAAGCAAAGCUGAUGAAAAAGAAAAGUUUAUGAUAGGGAAUUCUGUUUUGAAGAUCAGUGAACCAGAAGCCGAGGUGAAUCCUGGGAGUUUAUCAAUGAGCGCCAACAUAAAGGCCUCUGAGGACGGGAAGCCCGUCGUCAACCAUGACGAUGUUUUUGAGGAAUCUGAAGAACUUUCUUCUGAUGAAGAGAUGAAAAUGGCAGAGAUGCGACCACCAUUAAUUGAAACCUCCAUUAACCAUCCAAAAGUUGUAGCACUUAGCAAUAACAAAAAAGAUGAUGUAAAGGAUACAGAUUCCUUAUCAGAUGAGGUGACACACAACAGUAAUCACAACAACAGCAAUUGUUCCUCUCCGUCUCGGAUGUCUGAUUCCGUUUCCCUAAAUACAGAUAGCAGCCAAGACACCUCUCUCUGCUCGCCAGUGAGACAGACUCACAUCGACAGUAAUGCCAAAGUCAGGCAAGAAGAUGAAAAUUUUAAUAGUCUUUUACAGAAUGGAGAUAUAUUAAACAACUCAACAGAGGAAAAAUACAAAAUUCGUGAUAAAAAGGACUUUGACUUACCUGAAUAUGAUCUGAAUAUCGAAGAGCGAUUAGUUCUAAUUGAUAAAGCUGUUGAGUCAAGAGCCACAUCAAAUGAAUCUCACAAGUUAGACCAUAUCAACAUGAAUCUUAAUAAACUUAUAACUAAUGAUCCCUUUCAGUCUGAGAUGGCGGAAAGAUCAAAGACACAAGAUGUAGUACGUGGACACAGCUUUUUAAGCGUUAAUACCAAGAAAGAAGCUGAGCCUUUGGAAAAUGGAAAUAAAUAUCCUAAUUUGGAAUCCACAAACAAAGUCAAUGGGCAUUCUGAGGACACCGCACAGCCUCCUGGUAGGCCGGAAGCACAGGCCACCGAUGUGUCCGCGGACCUGAGUGUUGCUAAGAGCACAGAAGAGCUCGCUCCUCAGAGAAGUGGACCAGUUGGACCUGUUGUGAAGUCUCAUAGCAUAACCAAUAUGGAGGCUGGGGGAUUAAAAAUCUAUGACAUCAUUAGUGAUAAUGGGCCUCAGCAACCAAGUGCAGCAGUCAAAACUACCUCUGCUGUUGAUGGGAAAAAUAUAGUCAGGAGCAAGUCUGCCACACUGCUGUAUGAUCAACCGUUGCAAGUAUUUACUGGUUCCUCCUCAUCUUCUGAUUUAAUAUCUGGUACAAAAGCAAUUUACAAGUUUGAUUCAAACCAUAAUCCUGAAGAGCCGAACACAGUCAGAGGCCCCGCAACAAGUGGCCCACAGUCGAUGCCUCAGAUGUACGGUCCCCCGCAGUACAGCAUCCAGUACAGUAGCAGCCCUGCAGUCAGAGACACGUUGUGGCACUCUAAGCAGAAUCCUCAAGUGGACCAUGUCAGUUUUCCUCCUCAGCGCCUUCCUAGAUCAGAGAGCGCAGAAACCCACAGUUAUGCCAGACAUUCUGCCAAUAUGAAUUUUUCUAACCAUAAUAAUGUGCCAACUAACACUGCAUACCAUUUACAUCAAAGACUUGGCCCAGGAAGACAUGGGGAAAUGUGGGCCAUGUCACCAAAUGAGCGAUUGAUUCCUGCAGUAAGUCGAAGUACCAUUCAACGGCAGAGUAGUGUGUCCUCCACGGCCUCUAUAAACCUUGGUGAUCUCGGUCCCCCAAGGAGGGCCCAGAUUCCUGAAGGAGACUAUUUAUCAUACAGAGAGUUACAUUCAGUGGGCAGAACUCCUCCAAUGAUGCCAGGGUCACAGAGACCUCUCUCUGCACGGACGUACAGCGUGGACGGUCCAAAUGCAGCCAGGCCUCAAAGUGCUCGGCCCUCUGUGAACGAAAUACCAGAGAGAACUAUGUCAGUCAGUGAUUUCAGCCAUUCUCGGACUAGUCCUUCCAAAAGGCCAAGUGCAAGGGUGGGUUCUGAACAUUCUUUGUUGGAGCCUCCAGGAAAAAGUAAGGUUCCUCCUGACUGGCGAGAACAAGUUCUGCGACACAUUGAAGCCAAAAAGUUAGAAAAGAGCAUGCUGUCACGGUCCUUUAAUUCCAAUUUGGCUGCUGUAAGCAGUCUGCACCAUGGCAGCUCUAGGGAUCUGCAUGGCAGCCAGGGCAGUCUUGCCUUGAGUGUUGCAGACGGAAGAGGUUCUGGUGGGCACAUUUUUCGAACAUCCAGCCCAGGAGAUCCUUGCCAAGAUGACACAUUCAUUUCAGGACAGCAGAACUACUCUUCAGCUACACUUAGUCACAAAGAUGUUCUUCCAGACAGCUUGAUAAAAAUGCCUUUGAGUAAUGGACAGAUGGGCCAGCCUCUCAGGCCUCAGGCAUCUGUGGCAAGGCAUCCCUCUAGAGAACAACUAAUUGAUUACUUGAUGCUGAAAGUGGCCCACCAGCCUCCAUAUAUACAGCCCCAUUGUUCUGCUAGACAAGGGCAUGAACUGGCAAAACAAGAGAUUCGAAUAAGAAUUGAAAAGGAUCCAGAACUUGGAUUUAGCAUUUCAGGUGGUGUUGGAGGUAGAGGAAAUCCGUUCAAGCCUGAUGACGAUGGUAUAUUUGUAACAAGAGUACAGCCUGAAGGACCAGCAUCGAAAUUACUGCAACCAGGUGAUAAGAUUGUUCAGGCUAAUGGCUACAGUUUUAUCAACAUUGAACAUGGGCAGGCAGUGUCCUUGCUUAAAACUUUCCAGAAUACAGUGGAACUCAUCAUUAUACGUGAAGUUUCCUCCUAAGCACUGUGGACAGUGAAGGGUGGCGAGAGUGACUGGAAGACACUUACGGGGACAUGGAUAGCUUGACUAUUUUUAUACAUAAAGAACUGAAAUUAUGUUCCAAUUUGUACAUUAAUGAAAUAAUGGAGCUUGUGGUUAGAGGGAAAGAACCACUGUACAGAAUACAAAAAAGACUGUUGGAUUCAUACCAUAUCAAAAUGACGGUUAGGUUUUUAAACAUAGCAAUCAAGGCUACAAAAACAAACCUAUAAUUGUUUUUGUAUAGAUGGUAGUUUUAUUUUUGGAUUUCAUACAUGACUGAACUGUUUGCAAGGCAAUAGUUAGCCUUGAUUGUAGCCCAGAGCUAGAUGGCAGAGCUAUCUAUCUCAUAGCUUUAUGCCCUUAUUUUUAUUCCACUGGUGUUGAUGUCUUUUGACGUGGGCACAGCUUUGAAGUGUCGGCUUUUGCUAUGUGCAUAUUGAAUUGAAGAGUGAGUAGGUGAAGGUGGUGCUGGUGGGUUCACUUUCCAAGGCCAGAGUAAAAAAUUAUUUCCUGUAA